AGAGGGUGGAGUGAAGUGAGAAAAUGUGUAAAAGUGCGAUUCGACAUCACCCGUUUCACCCGUCCAUGGAGUAGUAGCCUCUCUCUCUCUCUCUCUCUCCUCGUAAGUGAUCUCUCUCUCUAGCGAAAAUAGGGACACGGUGACGAUGGGAUGCACGGCGUCGAAGCUAGACAACGAGGACACGGUCCGACGCUGCAAGGACCGCCGCCGCCUCAUGAAGGACGCCGUCUACGCCCGCCACCACCUCGCCGCCGCCCACUCCGACUACUGCCGCUCCCUCCGCGUCACCGGUUCGGCCCUCUACCUCUUCGCCGCCGGCGAACCCCUCUCCGUCUCCGACCACACCCCCGCCGUCCUCCUCCGCACCCCCUCCUCCCUCUCCACCUCCACCACCAUCCCUCCUCCUCCCCCUCCCCGCGUCGUCCCCUCCCCACACCCUCCCCCGCCGCCUCCUCCUCCCGCUUUCUCUCCGCCGUCCCCCACCAUCGCCUCCUCCAAACUCCCCCACAUCCUCUCCGCCCCUCCCUCACGCCGCCACCGCAAACCACCCGUUAAACUCCCCCACAUCCUCUCCGAAUCCAGCCCUUCCAAUUCCGCCCGAUCACACACUUUCGCUCCCAACAAUUACACGUACAACGCCAACGCUAAUUCUACCUAUUCGGGCACUCCCUCUCAGGCGUCGUCGGUUUGGAAUUGGGAGAACUUUUACCCUCCGUCCCCGCCAAAUUCCGAUUUCUUCGAACGGCGAAACCGCGACGACGAGAAGGCCUCAAUCUACUCUGAUAAUUACCAUAGUAACCACCAGAGUAAACGAAACGACCAUCCCAUCCACGACGAUGAUAAGGCCUCAACUUACUCUGGUAAUCACCAGAAGCACCAUUACAGUAGUAAUGGACAUCAGGAACACCACGUUCACGAGGACGAUAAGGCCUCAACUUAUUCUAGUAAUUACCAGAAGCACCAUCACAGUGAUAGACAACACGGCCACCACAUCCACGCGGACGAUGAAGAAGAAGCAACGGAGACGGAGAGGGAGGAGGUUCAGUACAGCGAUUGGAACGACCAUUACAACUCGACGACUUCGUCCUCCGAGGAAGAAGAAGAAGAAGACUACGGAGGCGAUAGAUCUGAGAUCGGGACGCGCUCGCGUUCGAAUUUCGGAUCGUCCGUGCACAACGAGCCGAAACCUGUGCCUGCGGCGGCGGCGAGGUACGAGAAGAUGAGCAAGUCCGAGAAGUCUGAUGAUGCUGGAUCUUCUGCGAGGUGGAAUUACGGCGGGGGCAACGGCGGCGGAGGAGGUGGAAGCGAGAUAUCUGACAUGAGAAUGGUUGUGAGGCACCGAGAUCUGGCGGAGAUAGUGGCGGCGCUUAAGGAGUACUUCGAGAAAGCGGCUGUGGCCGGCGAGCAAGUGUCCGAGAUGCUGGAGACCGGGCGUGCUCAGUUGGAUCGGAGUUUCAAACAAUUGAAGAAGACGGUGUAUCAUUCGAGUGGAGUGUUCAGUAACUUGAGCUCCAGUUGGACUUCGAAGCCGCCAUUGGCAGUUAAGUACCGGUUCGAACCGGGUACAAUUGACGUGCCAGACGGUCCAAAGAGCCUUUGCUCGACUUUGGAACGGCUCUUGGCUUGGGAGAAAAAACUCUACGAGGAAGUGAAGGCUAGAGAGGGGGUGAAAAUUGAGCAUGAAAAGAAGUUGGCUGCCCUACAAAAUCAGGAGUACAGAGGGGGUGACGAAGCCAAGUUGGACAAGACUAAGGCAUCAAUAAAGAGGCUACAGUCACUAAUUGUGGUAACAUCUCAAGCUGCUUCCACCACCUCGUCCGCCAUCGUCGGCCUAAGGGACACUGAACUAGUCCCCGAGCUUGUCGAACUUUGUCAUGGGUUCAUGUACAUGUGGAGAUCAAUGAACCAGUUCCAUGAAGUCCAAAACCACGUUGUGCAGCAAGUGCGGGGCCUUGUAAACCGAUCAACCAAGGGAGAGUCCACCUCCGACCUCCACCGACAGGCCACUCGCGACCUGGAAUCAGCUGUCUCCGCCUGGCACUCCAGUUUCUGCCGCCUCAUAAGAUUCCAACGUGAUUUCAUCCAAUCCCUCCACGGAUGGUUCCGAUUGACACUUCUCCCAGUCAAUGCCGAACCAACCAACGGCAACAACCGGGACCCGUCUGACUCGUUCGCCUUUUGCGACGAGUGGAAGCUCGCCCUUGAUCGCGUACCUGACACUGUAGCCUCCGAAGCCAUCAAGAGCUUCAUUAACGUCGUCCACUCUAUCUCUUUGAAACAGACAGAGGAGAUCAAGAUCAAGAAAAGGACCGAAACCACAUCCAAAGAGCUUGAGAAGAAGUCCUCAUCUCUUAGGAACAUAGAGAAGAAAUACUAUCAUUCGUAUUCUAUGGUGGGUAUUGGGUUUCCUGACACUGGACCUGAUACGGGGCAUGCGUUGGAUGCCCGAGACCCACUUGCUGAGAAGAAAUCUGAGCUGGCAGCUUGCCGAAGGCGAGUGGAGGAGGAGAUGUUGAGGCAUUCCAAGGCGGUAGAGGUGACAAGAGCGAUGACGCUGAAUAACAUUCAGACGGGAUUGCCGGGUGUUUUUCAAGCUAUGACCAGCUUUUCCGGCUUAAUUAUGGAGGCACUUGAGACCGUGUGCACUCGUUCGUAUGCUAUUAAUUAAGGCAACUCGUUAUACUAAUACUAGUACAAUAUUUUGUUUUUGGGUAUAAGGUAAGUUGAAGGUGGUUUAAGGGCUGAGCAGUGAGACUUGUUUUUUUGCCCCCUUUCUGUAUUUGUUUUGUAGAUAUAUGGAAUUUUGCAGUUUUGUCAUCCUAUUUGUUGGAGGGGUAAGGGAAGGGGGGAGGGGGUUGAUGUCUGUGCACAGGAAAUUACUUGGAUUAUUGUAUCAGAGGUACACAUUUUCAAGCAGUGAAUAAACUAUCUUCAGCAUUUUUUGUGAAGUACAAA